AUGUAAGUUGAAAAUAAUGUGGUAGAAAAUAAAAAGAAAGAAGAAAAUGAAGAAGAAACAAAAGGAGUUGUGACUAUGAAAAGGAGAUUAAUAGCUUCUUUUGAUCUAUUUUAAUUUAUGCCUGUUCCUAAAACUGAAAUGGUAUCCUCUAGAAGAAGUUUAUAUGGAAGUCUAUUGAUGAUUGGAUGUUUUUUAGCUUAUUUUAUCUAUACACUUGUUGGUACAUAUUAAGAUUCUAAUUCUAGCAUUUAUUACUAAUAAUAGUCCAACAGUAAAUUAGUAUGAAGAAAUAUUGGAGGCCUUAAAUAUAACUUUACCAGAAAUAGCUUUUGGAUACUUUUUUGGAGAUCCGUAUAAAUUAAUUUAAAUUAAAUGUUAGGUUUACCAAAACAAUAAAUGAUCCUUCUAUCUUUUAAUUUGAAAUGUUUUAAGUUACUAAAUUUCAAGAUGUCUCUAAAAAAGAUGUAAAAACAUAAAUACCGUUAAAAUCUUGCAAUCCUGAUUGGAUUCCAGCAUCUAAUUAUACAAUUCUUUGUCCAAAGUAAAAUUUAUUUUUUAAAUUCAAGUGAAUCCGCAAAUAUGUCAGGAGCUCUUUAUCAAACUCCAGAGUUUACUUAUCCUAGAAUAUAAGUGUAAUAUUGCAACUAAGGUGGCAAUUAAACCUGUAUAAGUUAAUAAGAAAUCGAUUAGAUUGCAGCUGGGUAUAGAUUCUCAAUCUUAUUUGCCAAGUGGAAGAAUUUUAUUAUAUAUUCGGGACAAUUCACCAAAUUUCGAUCUUACUACUGGAAAAUCUGUUGAAAGUGUGCCUUAUUCUACUUAUUAAUACUUUCUAAUGCCUGGAUUAUAUCCCAGAACUGAAAUAUUCUUUUAACUUGAGAAAUAUACAAUAAAGCCUGAUUUUUUGAGAAGAUGGUCAAAUGAUGUUAGAAAUUUCUUAAGUAUUUAAAAAAUUAAUAGUUGGAUUACAAAUGUGAGUGUAUAUAGUAGUGAUAAUGCAUAUUAAAUAGGAUUUAGAACAGAAUUAGUAUAAAAAAUUAAAUUAAUUUUAGACAUAAUAAAUCUCUGUUUUGACCUAUUCAACAUCAUUUGAUAUGAUAUCAAUUGUGGGUGCAUUUUGGGGAGUUUUGUAUUUUAUUAUUAUUUAUUAGAUUCUCUUCAUUUGCAGCAUAUUUUUUAAUUUAUAAUAAAGAAACUUUUUAUAGAGAAAAUAAAUAGUGGGAAGAUUUUGGAAAAUAGAUAGGUGUCAGAAAAGCAGCUGAUGCUUUUAAUUUAACUGAGGAAACACCUCAUUCUAAGGUUAAUGAUUCUAUUGUAUUUGAAAUGACUGAAAUUCAUUAAGAUAAUAAUCAUUCUCAAAAUGAAUAAGAUAGAAUUUGA